CUCUUCGCAGGCGAUGACUACAGACUACCAAGAUUUGACCUACCUCCAUAAGGCUUCCGAAGAAAAAGAAUAUACCAAGAUGAACCUCUGGCUCCCCCAGCCCUCCCCCCGUCUCCUGUGUGCUCUGUGCUCCAUCUGUGCCAUUCUGCUUUCCAUCAUCGUCAUCCUCAUCAUCGCCUUCAGAUGCCCGGGUGAUAAACCUCCUGACCGCACCCUUGAGAAUCAGAUCGGGAACCUCAGCGACGGAAUGAACUCCAGAGUGGCUCAGCUGGUCCAGGAUGGGAGCAAGACGAUGGAGAAAUUACAGCAGCUGCACGACAAUGUGAAAGCCAUCCAGGCAGACAAUUCUAUAAGCACCCUGCAGAGUACUGUGAAUAGGGCCCUCAACACCCUCCGGAGACUCUCAGAUCAGAUGAAGAAGAUGCAGGUGAAUGGGUCCGUUGACUUCACCUGUCCAUCGGGGUGGAGCACCUUCCAGUCCAGCUGUUACUUCUUCCCUUUAGUUGGGAAGCCUUGGAGCGAAUCAAAGAAGUUCUGUGAGGACAAAGAUUCCCAUCUGGUGGUCAUCAACGCGGAGGAGGAGCAG